CAAUCACCAAAUCACUCAGUCUGUUCAGUGUUCAGCAUGGGUCUCGCAGCGCCGAAGAAUCGAUCGAAGAUCUCCAACGAUCCCCAAAACACCACUUGGGCGAACAACACCUCGCGCUUCGGCCAUCGCAUAUUGACCUCACAAGGAUGGCAGCCCGGUAACUCCCUGGGCGCAACAGACGCCUCCCACGCCGCUCAUUAUACCGCUGCCUCGCAAUCGCAUAUUCGAGUAUUCCUCAAAGACGAUAACCUUGGCUUGGGCGCAAAGCGAGGAAGUGAGCGCGCCGAAAACUUUGGCCUUGCAGGACUAGAGAGCAUUCUUGGACGUCUGAAUGGCAAUGAGGCGGAGGUCAAGAAAGAAGAGGAAAGGCGAGAGGAGAUCGAGAAGAGGGCGUUUGUGUACCGGAAAUACGGCAUGAUGAACUUUGUGAGCGGUGGUUUCCUGGUGGGCGACAAGAUUACUAAGGGCUCCGAUAUUAAGAAGGAAGUGGAGAUCAAGACUGAGUCGGAGAGCGAGGAUGGCUCAUCGCAAAAGAAGGAUAAAAAGAGGAAGCGAGAGGAGCGCACCGACGACGAGCCCAAGGUGAAGCGCAAGAAGAAGAGCAUGGAUUUGCGUGACGAAGCACGGAAGGAAGGCGAAACAUCGAAGUCAAAGAAGGACAAGAAGGACAAGAAGAAAGACAAGUUGAAGAAAUCAAAACGGGCAUCUUCAUCCGAUGCGGAAUCUUCCACCGACGAUGUCGCUGCUCCAGCAUCCGACCCAGAACCGCUUACGGACAAGGCACGACGGAAAGCUGAGAAGAAGGCACGCAAGGAGGAGAAGAAGGCCAAGAAGGCUUUGAAGAAAGCUGCAAAGAAGGCGGCGAAAAAGGACAGCUCAGACGACUCGAGCUCAGAAAGUGAAGAAGACGAGAGCGCGCCGACAACGAUCUCAUCGGUGCCCGUGUCAAACACAUCCACGCCUGUUCCCGCUGGCCUCUCGUACACUCCAAGAGGUAUGCACGCCGUCAGACAGCGGUGGAUCCGCCAGAAGAAAGCUGCGACAAUGGAUGCACAAGCAAUGAGAGAGAUAUUCAUGAUCAAGACGCCAUCGUAGACUAUCCGGAUGAUCCGAUCUGUACAUGCAUAGCGAGGAGUUAUCGAGUUGUUUUGUUUGGCAUGCACUUGCUAGGGUCUAUAAUCAUGUUCCAGGCAAUUGCAAGGGAGGACAUAGAAAUGUCACUCUACAGAACGACCAGUUUGGCCUUUGCUUCUCGUCUUUCUAUAAGUGAAUCGCGUUGCGUUGCGUUGCGUUGCGUGGCUGUAAGCUUUGCGUAACAGUCGGGGCCCGACGAUUGCGUGGCCGGCAUGGUCAUGUCGGGCCUAUUGGGGCUUACAAUUGACAAGACUUGAUUGAAUAUUCCCCGCGUUUGACCCGUCAG